AAAUGUCAAACUUUGUUGACGUUGACAUUUAGAGCAUAUUUCUCCAAUACUUUGCUUGACGUCGAAUAUACGCCAAGUUAUCAAACUGGAUUUUUCCACGGUAGAAAACAAAUAGGCCGGAUUUAUUGGAUUUUACAGUACAUGGUACUGUAACGACUUGGAACGAAAAAGGACUUUUCUCUUUCUUUUUUUAAGUAAUGCAAGCAGCAGCAAUGGAAGAAUCUAACGCAAUCAACGUUGAACAACAACAAGAACAACAAUCUACUACUACCAACACCACCACCACCAACAACUAUCAAGAGCAAGCGGAACAACAGCCACCAUCAUCCCCAACAUCGGUAGCUACACCAACUAGCACCACUAGCGAUGGCACCGCUAGCAAUGCCGCAUUUAGCUAUGAUGAUUUGUUCCCGGCUUUACCAGCAAACACCUCUGCUCCAGUUGGCAAUACCACUGGUCCACCAUGUGUGCGUGUAACCAGCUCCAGAAAAACUCAUGUUCUACAUUUGGCAGGCGAGGAACGCAAAUCAACUGAUUCCGAAAAAUUCGGUGAAGGCGAAUCGAAACGUAUUUGCCUCCAAAUUUCAAAGGAAACUGGUGCUCAAAUUGAAAUUUCCAGCGGCAAGAACCAGUCGCUCACUUUCCUCAUUAAGGGCAAACAAAACGAAUUGCUCGAUGCUCGUCGUAAAAUUCUUAUGCAUUUCUCGACCCAAUCGAGCCGCUCCAUCACCAUUCCCAAGGAACACCAUCGUGUCAUUUUGGGUAAGGCUGGCAAACGUUUGCGCGAAAUCGAACAGGCCACCGCAACUAAGAUCACCAUUCCCAAUCAGAAUGAUGAUAGCGAUAUUAUAACAAUUGCCGGUACCAAGGAGGACAUUGAGAAGGCCGAACAGGAAAUUCGCCAGUUGUCGGCUGAGCAAUAUAAAAAGUCGUCGGAUCGCAUUUCGGUGCCCAAGAUCUAUCAUCCAUUCAUUGUGGGUCCCUACAAUGAGAAUUUGAACAAGAUCAUUGAGGAGACCGGGGCCAAGGUCAAUGUUCCGCCACAGUCGGUGCAAAAGGAUGAGAUUGUUAUUAUGGGCGAGAAGGAUGCUGUGGCCGCCGCCAAGGCAAAGGUAGAAGCCAUCUACAAGGAAAUGGAGAAGAAGUGCUCUACCGUCAGCGUGGAAGUAGCCAAGGCCCAACAUCGUUAUGUUAUCGGUCCCAAGGGUUCAACAAUUGCUGAGAUUCUUCAAUUGACUGGAGUCUCGGUAGAAAUGCCUCCACUGGACUCGCCAUUGGAGACCAUUACAUUGCGUGGUCCCCAAGUAGCUUUGGGCCAUGCCCUGACCGUGGUCUACGAGAAAGCUAAUUCGGUGAAGUCGGUCGAAAUUGAUGCUCCCCACUGGAUUCACAAGUACGUGAUAGGCCGCAAGGGUGUCAACAUGAAGCAGCUGGAGGAAGACUGCCCCAAUGUUAACGUCAAUUGCCUGGAGGACAAGAUCAAGCUGGAGGGUGAUCCCGAAAAUGUCGACAAGGCAGCUUCAUAUCUCAACGACAUUGUCAGCAACUACCAACAGAACUACACCUUUGUUGUGAUGCGUGUGAACCCGGCCUACUACAAGCAUAUCAUUGGCAAGGCCGGAGCCAAUGUGAAUCGCCUCAAGGACGAACUCAACGUUAACAUCAACAUUGAGGAGCGCGAUGGCGAGAACAAUAUACGCAUCGAAGGUCCCAAGGAUGGCGUUAAGAAGGCUCAACUUGAAUUACAAGAAAAAAUCGACAAACUGGAAAAUGAAAAAUCGAAGGAUGUUAUCAUCGAUCGUCGUCUGCAUCGCCAGAUCAUUGGUGCCAAGGGUGAAAAGAUCCGCGAAGUCAAGGACCGUUACAAGAACGUAAUGAUUUUGAUUCCCACACCCCAGGAGAACACCGACAUUGUUAAGCUGCGUGGUCCCAAGGAAGAGGUGGACAAGUGCCACAAGGAUCUCAUGAAGUUGGUCAAGGAGAUCCAGGAGUCGUCGCACUUCGAGGAGGUGCCCAUCUUCAAGCAAUUCCACAAGUUUAUCAUUGGCAAGGGUGGUGCUAACAUCAAGAAAAUCCGUGACGAGACCCAGACCAAGAUCGAUCUUCCUGCCGAGGGUGAUACCAACGAGGUGAUUGUCAUCACCGGCAAGAAAGAGAACGUUCUUGAGGCCAAGGAACGCAUUCAGAAGAUCCAAAACGAGUUGGCCGACAUCGUCACCGAGGAAGUACAAAUUUCUCCCAAAUACUACAACUCCAUUAUUGGCACGGGAGGCAAACUGAUUUCGUCCAUUAUGGAAGAGUGCGGAGGUGUGUCCAUCAAGUUCCCCACCAGCGAAUCGAAGAGCGAUAAGGUUACCAUCCGCGGCCCCAAGGAUGAUGUGCUCAAGGCUAAAUCCCAACUCCUGGAAUUGGCCAAUGAACGCCAAUUGGCUUCCUUCACUGCCGAAGUACGUGCCAAGCAACAACACCACAAGUUCCUGAUUGGCAAAAAUGGCGCUUCCAUUCGUAAGAUACGCGAUGCCACCAAUGCCCGUAUCAUCUUCCCCGGACCCGACGAUGCCGACAAAGAGGUCAUCACCAUUAUCGGCAAGGAAGAAAAUGUCAAACAGGCCAAGGAGCAAUUGGAGGCCAUCAUCAAGGACAUUGAUUUGGUUACCGAGGGAGAAAUCGCCGUCGAUCCCAAAUACCACAAACAUUUCGUGGCCAAGCGUGGUGAGAUCUUGCAUCGCAUUACCGAAGAGUGCGGUGGUGUUAUGAUAUCAUUCCCCAGACCCGGCGUAGACUCGGAUAAGGUGACACUGAAGGGUGCCAAGGACUGCAUUGAGGCUGCCAAACAACGCAUCUCUGAAAUCGUGGCCGAUCUGGAGGCACAAGUCACAAUUGAGGUGGUUAUACCACAACGUUUGCACCGCACCAUCAUGGGUCCACGUGGUUUCAAGGUCCAACAGGUGACCACGGAACACGAUGUACAAAUCAAAUUCCCCGAUCGUGAUGCCACCGAACCCGUCGAGGGCUUGGAGAACGGCACCAAUGGCAGCCUAGAUGGUGUGGCUACCGACGAGCCAGUGCGCCAAUGUGAUAUUAUUCGUAUUACCGGUCACAUUGACAAGUGUAAUGCCGCCAAACAGGCCCUCAUCGAUCUGGUGCCUGUCGUCGAAGAGCUUACCGUUCCUUAUGACUUGCAUCGCACCAUUAUCGGUCCCAAGGGUGCCAAUGUACGCGAAUUUAUGUCCACCUACGAUGUUCACAUUGAAUUGCCACCCAGCGAAGCUAAAUCGGAUAUCGUCAAGGUAUCCGGUACCCCAGCUCAUGUGGCCGAGGCCAAGAAAGCUUUGGAUAAAAUGAUCGAAGAGUACGAAGCCGAUCGUGCUGAUCGUGAGCUCCGCUCCUAUCAACUACAGAUCGAUGUUGAUCCCGAAUACCAUUCCAAGUUGAUUGGUAAACGUGGUGCCGUCAUCAACAAACUGCGUAAAGAUCACGACGUCAACAUAUCAUUGCCCAAGCGUGGUGAUCCCAAUCAGAGCACCAUUACCAUCUCCGGCUAUCAGGCAAAGGCUGAGGCGGCUCGUGAUGCCAUCAUGGAAAUUGUUGGUGAAAUGCAAAAUCUACACCGUGAGGUGAUUGAAAUCGAUACCCGUAUCCACUCUCACAUUAUUGGUCAACGUGGCCGGACUAUUCGUAAGCUUAUUGAAGAUUACAAGGUCGAUAUUAAAUUCCCAUCGCCUGAAGAGGCCAAGGCAAAUCCGGAUGCUGUCACCAUUAUUGGCAAGGAAGAGGACGUUGAAAACGCCAAGGAAGCCAUACUCAAUAUGGCUGAAGAUUAUUCCCGUGACUAUCUAGAAAACUUGCCACCCUCGCCUCAGCCACAGACAGUUGGUGCUUUCCUACCCGGCAACAAUAGUGCUGAAAAUGGAUUCAUCAUCAAGGAUGCUCCAUGGGAGAAGACGAACCAAGAUAAGAAGGGCAAGGCCUCAGCACCAAAUACUCAAUCCCAAGAAGAUUUUCCAGCCGUAGGUGGUGCACCAGUAUCAGCAGCUCCCAUGACAUCGGUUUGGGGACCCAAAAACUAAACAACAACAACAACAAGAGCAGCAGCAGCAGUAAUAGUUCACAGAUGAAGCUGUUUGCGAAAAAGGUGUCAAAAUCUGAAAGGUUGUCAAAAUAUUUACAUACAUACAAGCAUACUUAACAAUACAUACUGUGUAAUAAUAUCUACUAUUUAUUGCGAAAGGAGGAAGAAGAAUGGAUAAAACGACAAAAAAAAACGGCAAACGAAUCUAUGAUGUUAAAUAACAACUAAACCAACAACAGCAACAUAACAAAAAGACAAUGUUUUAUUUCUCUCUUCCACCUACCCUUUCCACUUUGCAAGCAAAUUACCAUCAAUUCAUUAUUAUUAUUCUCCAAUUAUUGUAUUUCUUUGUAUUCCUUCUUCGUCGACUAUUUGUUGAGUUGAUUACAUUCUAAAAUGACAUCGAAAACCCACUGAAGAAUAUUGAAAGAAAAUUACGAAAAACAAAAACAGAAACAAAACUAAGUAUGGUGAAAUAUUUGAAUUAAAUUCAAAUAAAUCUACUGAAUACACAAAACACAUUGACACUUGUUUCGUGCGCUUCCUUAAAACAAAUAACAAAACAAAAAUAAGAAUAAUAAAAUUCAAUAGUUUUUAUAAGCGAAAUAAAAUAAUACAAAAAGAAGAGGAGCCCAACUCAAUCCAAUAACAUGCAAAUGUAUUUAACAACUGCCACAAAAACCCACCACAAUCACAUGACAAAUUUCUUGUCACCAUCCCAACCACCAAAACAGUGGGGGGCUACAUAAAUGCUUUGUGAUUUAAGCAGGAGUUUUAUUUUGGAAGUUGUUGUUUUCCCUCUUUCCAUAAAAGCGUCGUUGUUGCUAAAUAUUUUUGCUUUUUGUUGGAGCGAAGCUGAGUUUAAAUUUAAUUAAUUAUAUAUAUAUAUAUAAUUGUAACAACAAUGAUGCCAAGUUUACACUUAAAAAAGAAAAUACUACACAUACACAUACAACAAACAUAUAUCAUAUAAAAUUUAUAUAAAAUAGAAAUGAAACAUAAGAGUUUAUUAAAACAAAACAAAACAAAAAAAAAAAAAAAAAAAGAAAUCAUGAUUUUUAUAUGAAAUAAACAAAAAAAAGUAAAACAAAAAACAUAUAGUGAAAGAAUGUCAUACAAGUAUACAGAAUAUUAUAUUUUUUUUUUCUUAUAAAUAUAAUAAUUAUAUUUUUGUCAUUUGUUUUGUCAUACUUCUUCUGAUGGUAAAGAAACAAAAGAAAAAACAAUUAAAAUAAAACAAAAACGAAAUACUUAAACAAUAUGAUUUGACUAAAACAAAAAACAAUGCCUUUUAAAACAAAAAAAAAAAAUUAAGAAAAGUCAUCACCACCAACAACAACAACACCCCAUUACAAAACAAACAAAAAACAAAACGUACGAAUUUCUUUUGAAAAUUCAAAACUUUUUUCCUACUACAACAACAUUUAUAAAAUAGACAAAUUAUUAUUAAACAAAAACAAAACAACAAGAACGUUAACAAAAUCCAUGCUUUUAUUAGUUUAAUAUUUGUGCAAUUUUUCCCCCUUUUUUGUGUUUCCAAUGUUUCGAAACCGAUUAUGUAUUUUUUGUAACAUUAUCACCCCCCAUCAUAUAACGAAAAAAAAAAUUGUACUUUUUCUUGUAACUUCUAAAACAUACAAAACAAAAACAAGCAAUUUAUAAAUAAUUAUAUAUUUUUUAAUUUUACAUUAUACUUUUUUUGUUUAAUCUUACCUACUACUACAAUUGUGUAUUGAAAAACGUAAUUGCAUAAUUUUUUAAAAAACAAUGAAAAAUUUUUACUAUUUUUUCAAAAACGAAAUAAAAAAAACAAAAAAAUGUA